CUUUUUAGGUUAUGUUCGAAAGCCGUAUUUAUAAUUAAAUUGUCGUGAGGUUGUUGUCGAAAUAGUGUAAAUUUGGGAGGAAGAUGAUUAACGGCAACGCAAAAAUGGACGACGAUAUUGUUACUCAGGAACGGAACUAUUUUUUACAAGUUUUAAAAACGUUUGACAAUUACAAAAAACAAUCUCUUUUAAGGAUAGAAUAUAAAGAAAAAUGUUUAUCAGCUCUCCCAUCUCAACACCAAACAUGGUUGGAAAAGUACAAAAAUGAUUUAGACAAUAUUAAAAGUUGUAUUGAUAAAAACGCGGAUUAUAUUCCGAUCGUUGUACAACAUGCGAAAAACAUUUUUGAAAACCUUUACACAUCGGAUAACUCAGGUUCUCAUCAAAAAUCUUCUGUGGGUACUUUAUCGGAAGGUUUAGAUAAAGUUCAGUCGGUUUUUAAACAAUUAAUGCGUGAUUGGAGUUCGUUGGGGGCGAAGGAAAGAGAGGAAUGUUAUAGUCCGGUAAUUAAUGAGAUUGAACUUCAAUUUCCAGAGGAUAAAGUUGAUAGACGAGAUAUUGAAAUCUUAGUCCCCGGUGCUGGAUUGGGACGUCUUGCCUUUGAAAUAGCUAAAAGAAAAUUUAAUUGUCAAGGAAACGAAUUUAAUAUGUUUAUGUUAAUCGUUUCUUUCCAUGUUUUAAAUCAUUGUAAAAAAAUUGAUGAAUUCGAAGUAUUCCCUUGGAUUCAUCAGUAUUGUAAUAAUUUAUCGGUAGAAACUCAAAUGUUAAGCGUAAGAUUUCCAGAUAUAAUAACAUCUUUAGAUAAAUCAUCUCAAUUUUCAAUGACAGCAGGUGAUUUCUUAGAAGUUUACACAGAACCCGAUGUUUUUGAUUGUGUUGCAACAUGUUUUUUUAUUGAUUGUGCAUCGAAUAUUGUCGAAUUUCUCGAGACCAUUUACACCAUUUUAAAACCAAAUGGAGUUUGGAUUAAUUUGGGACCUUUACUCUAUCAUUAUUCUUAUAUGAAAAAUGAGAAAAGUAUAGAGCCAAGUUUUGAGGUACUCUGUGAAGUGAUUAAAAAGGUUGGGUUUGUGAUGGAAAAGUGUCAAACUGGAUUGAAAACGAGAUAUUGCCAGAAUCCUCAGGCUAUGUUACAAUACGAAUAUGAUAGUGUGUUUUUUGUGUGUCGAAAACCUAUGUUAAAUGGAAAUCAUUUUAUGGGGGAUCUACAAAAUGAGAUUGCGGAUGCGUUUAAUGGUGAUAAAAAAUGGGAUUAAUAUUUGUUUCUUUUUCUGUUUAAUGUUUAUGAGGAUAUUAAAGAAAACAAAGUUAAAUUAUUAAGGAUUUAGUUUACUAUUUUAAGGUAGUUAAUAUGAAAAUGAUAUGAACUAGGUUAAUUUUUUAUAAUUAGGUUUAUUAUAGGUUGUUUAUUGUUGUAAACAUCUUAUACUCAAUAAAUAAUAAGUGGCAAGUUCA